GUGCACAGAGAUUUAAUUUCAGGAGUUUUCAGCACUGUGGGCUUCUUUUUGCAAGAGUCUUGUGCUAUUUGGGAUGUAACAGUUAUUGUUUAAAAUGCCCUCCCAGAGUUUUUCCCCUACCAACUUUUAUCUGUCUCCGCCAUCGUAAAUAUCAUCUCAUUUUAUCUUUCAGAUGGGCCCUGGAAUGAAGGCUGUGGGCUGUCUUGAACCCCAGACUGGGGAAUUCAGAUUUUAUUUGCAACAUGCCAGGGAAUUUUGUUUUCCAGUAACGACUUGUGCAGUAAUUGUGAACUUCCUCUUACAGCAGAGAUCUAACUCCCCACUUCCCUGGAAGGGAGGCCUGUACACUGCUGGUGAGUCACGCCGUGCUGUUGCAAUACUCACCUGGCCACGACCUCAGCGGAGCCCUGUCCCUGCAUGCAGGAGCUCUUUGGGGCUCAGUGAUUCAGCUGCAUCAGAGGACUUGUGCCUUUCCCCUGUGCCCAGCUGUGUGUAUCCGAGGAAGCAUUUCUGCCUGCUGGGGAGUGAAUCACCCAGGAGUGGCUCACCCAGCCCUGCCUGCUGCGAGCAGGAAGGGGAAUGGAAGAGAGGAGGAGUGUGGGCAGCCUUCCUCCUGCUCUUGGGACUGGGGCUGCUUUGCAAUGCCACGCACGGGUUCUGCAGAGGGACAAGAAUCAAGUGGGGAUGGAGGCCUUGGCUGCUCCUGCACAGCCCUGCAAGGCACUCUGUGGCUGUCACCCUGAGCAGAGAGCAGCCAGCCUGCCCUGUGCAUGGGCUGCAGCUUGUCCCAAGCCCUGUGGCUCCUUCUCUGCUGGUGCUUCAGGCAAGCUGGGACACGGCCACCGCACUGGGGACAUGGCUGUGUCACACACUGAGCUGGGCUGAUCCCUGCCAGUUCCCACAGGAGCUGCAGGCUGGGGAUUUUCCAGAUGGGGAAACUGGUGCAGGGCCAUCCAGCUGUCUCCCACAGGCAGUGUGGGGCAUUCUGUGUGGAUGGAGCAAACUCUCCUUGUGUUCUUUCUGCUGUGCUAUUUCAUUUGCUGUAGACUGCAUUUGCUGUUCACUGGCUCAGAGCAGUUAAGAGCAUCUAAUUUAAGAACUACUACAA